UAUUUAUUGACCAAUCAAAUAUUUCGUUACAUGUAACUAAGGCGGGUGUUGCUAUCGACGAAAAAGCAGGUGCCCAGACUCGAAUAUUUACUUACCGGAACGAAAAAAGAGCCUAUAUAGACAUUCAAGAUGACUGCAGGGUCUAUUAUUGUUCCUGCUAUUAUCCCAUUGCGACCACCUAUACCAGGGAAAUCCAAGCUAUCAAUUGAUACCAAUGUUAAAAUUGAACUCAGUACAGAUCAAAAAGAUGUUGAGAUAUUCUACACAAUCAAUGGAAAGAAACCAGACCCAUUUCCUAAAGUUGGGUCAGAGAGAUAUACAAUGCAGUACUUUGCUCCUUUUACGUUACCUGCAGGGAAACAAACGGUUAAGGCGAUGGCAGUGUCUAAAGAUGGUAUGAGAGAAAGUAAUAUAGGAACAAAGAUAUUUGAAGUAGGCUUCGUACCCAGUAGAGAAGUAGCUCCGGUAGAUGAUGAUUUAGGAUUCCAGGAAGAAUUAGACCAUCAAAAUACUACACUGAAUGUUAAGAGAGCAACAAAGAACUUAUUACUGUCAGAAAAGACUGCCUGGACUGAUAUGGGUACUAUGAAACAAACAAUACAAAAAAUGGCAGAUAUGAAUGUAUCAGGAAGUAACUACAGAAAACCAACAACAGGAACCAGAUUCUUAAACAACAGGAAAUCAGUUCAUGAUAAAAAUGAGUACAACAGAUCACAUGAUGAUACAUAUGGAGGACGUAGUUCGAGGAGACAUGACAGAGAUAUACCUGAUGCUCAAACUCAAGCCAAUAGAUUAACCAGGGAAGCUGAACUUCUAAAAAGUUACAGUGAAACUCAGUCAGAUCCAUUUUCUCGGUACUACAUUAGUCGUGGAAAUACUGGGCAACAGGAAGCAAGGCCUAUACCACCCAAACCUGGAAAGAUGGGUACCUGUGUAUAUUGUAAAUCUGUAGUACCUUUCAACACUCAGUCUUGUGUUGUAUGUGAGGGACCGAUACCUCUACAAUAUCAUCAGCCUAACCCAGAGCUAAGAUCUUCAAUCAAAGAGAGGGAUAUACAUGAAGAUAGGAAUGGUUUCAUGUCAGGAGUUGAGUCACAAUGGUUACCUGUAUCUCACCCAGUUGGAGCACCUCUCAGACCUACAAGUACAGUGUCUACACAGACAGUAGGAUUAUUUUACCCAUCAGAAAAAGGAUUAUCAAACAAAAAAGAAGAAAUUGAGAAAAAGGUUGCAUUAGAACAGUCAAUGAGGGACAGACAACCAUUAAUGACACCAGUUAGUCCAGGAAAAGGUUAUUGGAGAAAACAAGUGGACCAUAUUUGUCACCACUUGAAGGCACAUGCACAGAAUGAUGCUGAAUUUAGAGCUCUUAUUGGUGAACCAAAGAUGGGAAAAUUAUUGUCUGGAGCAGUACAGGAAGAUGGCCAUGAACUUAGUAUUACCUUGACCUUUGCAAUAAGAGGAAACAAAGACCCAUUGACUGGCAGAAAAAUUGGUAUUACAGGAGAUUAUCUCAGUAUGCACACAGAGAACGAUAGCCUCACUAGUUAUAGAAGUGAUUCAGAAGAUGAAGAGAUAGCAAAAAUAACUGGAAAAAAGAAAACCACAGUAAGGAAGCCUAAACCUCGACGAAAGGAGACCCCUAAAGUUGCUCCAAUUGACCAGAAAAUCUUAAAAGAACUUGGACCUUCAGGUGAGGGAGAUCCAACAGAGAUACAGAGACUUAUUGAUGAGGGAGCUAAUGCUGAAUGUACAAAUAAAGAUGGUUUACCGUGCAUUUAUGUCGCCAUUAAAAACAGACGAGUUGAAUGCCUACCUGUACUAAUUGAUCAAGGUGUGGAGGUAAAUCAAAAAGGACCAUCAUCUAUUAGAGCGAAUACACCUCUUCAUGAAGCAGUAACUCUGGGUACAUCAGGAUUGAAAGUUGUUGAUACUUUACUGGGAUUGGGUGCUGAUAUUAACAGGAAGAAUGACCGAGGAGAAACACCAUACGACUUAGCAACAAAAGGAGGAUACGAAAAUAUUGUUAAAAAAUUAUGUUCACAUUUAGGACAGUCACAACUGGACAAAUUAAUGAAACAUAAAACAAAAGCAUAGUUAUUGACAAUACUUUUACAUAUUUGUCUCAUUAGUUGAAUGUUAAAUUAGGAGAAAAUAAGAUGUAUGACGUUUACAUUUUGAUCUUGAAGAAAUUAAAUGGUAAAAAUUUAAUAUAAUGAUAAGGGACAGGAUGUUCAGAUAUGGUAACUAAAAAGGUGCCUUUAAUAUGUAUAAUGUUUAGUUUGAAAGAAAAAUGCAGGUAGACAUAUGUAAUGGCUUGAA